CUCCCCUGCAGCGCAGGAUGAACCCGCUGGCAUCCUGCCUGGGCCUGUGGCUCCUGUGCCAGCUCCCUGCCCUGGCCUCGGGGACACGUGCGGUCUACAAAGUGCAGGAGGAACAGCCCCCCAACACCCUCAUAGGGAGCCUGGCCUCUGACUACGGCUUACCAGACAUGGGGCACCUCUACAAGCUGGAAGUGGGGGCCCCGUACCUGCGUGUGGAUGGCAAGACUGGGGACAUUUACACCACAGAGACCUCCAUCGACCGGGAGAGCCUGCGGGAGUGCCAGCACCUCCUGCCCGGAGAGCCCUGCUUCCUGGAGUUCGAGGUGUCCAUCACCAACCUGAACGCCAACAGUAGCCCACGCCUGCUCGAGGGGCAGAUCGAGGUGCUCGAUAUCAAUGACAACACCCCCAACUUCGCCUCGCCUGUCCUCACUCUCUCCAUCCCUGAGAACACCAAUGUCGGGACGCUCUUCCCCAUCCCACUGGCCAUGGACCGGGACUCGGGCCCCAACGGCGUUGCCUCCUAUGAGCUGAUGGCUGGUCCGGAGGCGCAGGAGCUCUUUGGGCUGCAGGUGGCCGAGGACCAGGAUGAGAAGCAGCCCCAGCUGAUUGUCAUGGGGAACCUGGACCGGGAGCAGUGGGACUCCUACGAUCUGACCAUCAAGGUGCAGGAUGGGGGGAACCCCCCUCGGGCGAGCAGUGCCCUGCUCCGCAUCACCAUCCUGGACAUGAACGACAACGCACCCAAGUUUGAGAAGGCCCUGUACGAGGCAGAGCUCUCUGAAAACAGCCCUGUGGGGCACUCCGUCCUCCAGGUGAAAGCCAACGAUUCGGACCAGGGAGCCAACGCCGAGAUCGACUACUCCUUCCACCAGGCCUCGGACAUGGUGCGGCGGCUGCUGCGCCUGGACCGUGCCACGGGGCUCAUCACCGUGCAGGGCCCCAUCGACCGCGAGGACAUCGGCACUCUCAAGUUCUCCGUCAUGGCCAAGGACAAGGGCGCCAACCCCAAGAGCGCCCGCACGCAGGUGGUGGUCACCAUCAAGGACAUGAAUGACAACGCUCCUUCCAUAGAGAUCCGGGGCAUAGGGUUGGUCACCCACCAGGAUGGCAUGGCCAACAUCUCGGAGGACGUGCCAGUAGAGACAGCAGUGGCUCUGGUGCAGGUGUCCGACCGAGAUGAGGGUGAAAACGCUGUGGUGACCUGUGUGGUGGCCGGUGACGUCCCAUUCCAGCUGCGCCAGGCCAGUGAGACAGGGAGUGACAGCAAGAAGAAAUACUUCCUGCAGACCACCACGCCAUUGGACUACGAGUCGGUGAAGGAGUACACGAUUGAGAUUGUGGCUGUGGACUCGGGGAACCCACCCCUCUCCAGCACCAACUCCUUGAAGGUGCAGGUGAUGGACGUCAAUGACAACGCCCCUGUCUUCAGCCAGAGCUUCACUGAGGUGGCCUUCCCUGAGAACAAUGAGCCCGAUGAGCUGGUCAUGGAGGUGAGUGCCACUGAUGCUGACAGCGGCUCCAACGCCAAGCUGGUUUAUUCCCUGGUGACAGACCCCUCCUCCAAGGGCGCCUUCACCAUUGACCCUGACUCUGGGGAGAUCCGGGUGAAGGCGGUGCUGGACCGAGAGCAGCGGGAGCGCUACGAGUUCUUGGUGGUGGCAGAAGAUAAGGGCAGCCCUAGCAAGCAGGGCACAGCAUCUGUGGCCAUCAACGUCAUGGACAGGAAUGACAACGACCCCAAGUUCAUGCUGAGCGGCUACAACUUCUCAGUGAUGGAGAACAUGCCACCCCUCAGCCCCGUGGGCAUGGUGACGGUCAUCGAUGCUGACAAAGGAGAAAAUGCCCGGAUCCAGCUGUCAGUGGAGCAAGACAACGGGGAUUUUGUCAUCCAAAAUGGCACUGGCACCAUCCUCUCCAGCAUCUCUUUCGACCGGGAGCAGCAGAGCACCUACACCUUCCGACUCAAGGCGGUGGACGGUGGGGAUCCCCCCAGGUCUGCCUACGUGGGGGUGACCAUCAACGUCUUGGAUGAGAAUGACAAUGCCCCCUUCAUCACUUCCCCCUCCAACGCCACCUACAAGCACAUCCUGCCCCACACCAGCCCCGGCCAGCAGGUGAGCAAGGUCAAGGCGGAGGACAUCGACUCGGGCAUCAACGCCGAGCUGAUCUACAGCAUUACAGGAGGAAACCCCUUUGAGCUCUUCCAGAUCUCCCCGCAGAGUGGUGACAUCACUCUGGAGAAGGAGAUCCUGCGCAAGCACCACGGCCUGCACCGCCUGGUCGUGCGCGUCAACGACAAGGGCAAGCCCUCGCGGCACGGCACGGCCCUGGUGCACUUCUACGUCAACGAGACACUGGCCAACCGCACGCUGCUGGACACGCUGGUGGGGCACAGCCUGGACACCCCGCUGGACAUCGACAUCGCCGGUGACCCUGAGUACGAGCGCAGCAAGCAGCGGAGCAACAUCCUCUUCGGGGUCAUCGCCGGCAUCGUGGCUGUCACCCUGGUCAUAGUGCUGGUGGUCCUGGUGCGCUACUGCCGGCAGCGCGAGGCCAAGAGCGGCUACCAGGCGGGCAAGAAGGAGACCAAGGACCUGUACGCACCCAAGCAGGCCAGCAAGGGUGGGAAGAGCAAGAACAAGGUGAAGAAGAGCAAGUCUCCCAAGCCACCCAAGCCCACGGAGGAUGAGGAGGAGACGGGGCUGCAGAAAUCGCUCAAGUUCAACCUCAUGAACGACUCUGUCAGCGACAGUCCCCGGAUCCACCUGCCCCUGAACUACCCUCCGGGCAGCCCGGACCUGGGCCGCCACUACCGCUCCAACUCGCCGCUGCCCUCCAUCCAGCUGCAGCCUCAGUCACCCUCUGCCUCCAAGAAGCACCAAGUGGUGCAGGACCUGCCGGCCACCAACACCUUUGUUGGCACCGGGGACAACAACUCGACGGGCUCCGAGCAGUACUCGGACUACAGCUACCGCACCAACCCCCAGAAAUACACCAACAAGCAG